UCUGUGGGACUGCAGCUUUUAGAAACAGACACACAAGGAGAGGGGCUUCAUUCUCAGCCCAAAGCUUCGCUCAGGCACAGCCCAUUCUGGAGGAGAGGGGGACGCACUGCUCUGUACUUCGCCGUGUCCAUGUUGUUGUCAUCUCCGCCCCUAUCUGAUUAAACUACAGAGCCCGCCUGUGCUCCACGCCGUCAGAGGAGAGGGAUUUUCCGGCCGCAGAUUCCCGAUCGGACCCGUGGAGACUCAGUUAUACUCUAUUUGUUUUCCUCAUGAUGUCCUUUAAACACAAACAGUGACCCGGUUUGAGUCAAUGUUACUGCGACUAGUGCGCUCUGCACACGCGUGGGUCAUGCUCUGCACCUGACAGCCCUUCUGCAAGACUUUUGAGUUUAGACUUGAACAGGAGGAAAACUUAGCAUCGCCCCAAGAAGUUGUCCACUGCUGCGGACUCUUCGCACACGGACUGUUGUACACCAAAUUAUAUAGGCUAUCCUUGUUUUUUUUUUUUACCGCUUCAAAGCUCCAUCACCGAGGCGAAACGGCGACCUCAGUCGAUUACCUUUCUUUCCUUUGCUAUCCCAUGGAUAUUCACUGCAAAGCGGACCCCUUCUCGGCGAUGCACCUGUCCCACGCAGGGCACGGCGGUGUGAACCAGCUCGGCGGGGUGUUUGUGAACGGCAGACCCCUCCCGGACGUGGUGAGGCAGCGGAUCGUGGAGCUGGCCCACCAGGGCGUCCGGCCCUGCGACAUCUCCAGACAGCUACGGGUCAGUCACGGCUGUGUCAGCAAAAUCCUCGGCAGCUAUCAGAAGGCAUUUCAGAGGUACUACGAAACCGGCAGUAUUAAACCCGGAGUCAUUGGUGGCUCCAAACCAAAGGUUGCAACUCCGAAAGUGGUGGAUAAAAUUGCUGACUAUAAGCGCCAGAAUCCAACCAUGUUCGCUUGGGAGAUAAGGGACCGACUACUGGCUGAGGGCGUCUGCGACAACGACACUGUCCCCAGCGUUUCAUCCAUCAACAGGAUUAUCCGCACCAAAGUCCAGCAGCAAUUCCACCCGUCCCCUGACGGAUCUGUUACACCGCUCUCCACGCCCGGCCACACCAUAGUGCCCAGCACCGCCUCGCCCCCUGUGACCAGCGCCUCCAACGAUCCCGUAGGAUCCUACUCCAUCAACGGCAUUCUGGGUAUCCCCCGCUCCAACGGCGAGAAGAGGAAACGAGACGAUGUUCUCUGGAGUGGCAACCACUUGGAUGGAAGGAAAAUAGGACAUUAUGGCUCAGAUGGCUCAGGCCCGGGCAGCGACUCUCAGGGCAGCGUGGAGAGUUUAAGGAAGCACCUGCGAGCAGAUGCCUUCACCCAGCAGCAGCUGGAGGCCCUGGACCGUGUGUUUGAACGUCCUUCUUACCCUGAUGUCUUCCCCACUUCAGAACACAUCAAACCUGAACAGGCGAAUGAGUACUCACUCCCAUCCCUGAACGCAGGCCUGGAUGAUGUGAAGCCGAGCCUUUCCACCAGCGCCAGCUCCGACCUCGCCUCCAGUGUCUCCCAGAGCUACUCUGUUGUGACAGACUCUCACCCAUCAUAUCCACCUUCCAUGUGUGUAAAGCGAGAGCCCCAUGAGGCAUCCUUUGCCCCCUUCACCCCCUCCUCUGUUGAAGACUCUACUCUAGCCGACAUCUUGUCCCACCAGUCCAGCCUCUCUGUAGAUGCCUCUACUCCCAGCUACCCUGCCCAUGCCCACGGCCACUGCUACAGCCAGUAUGCCAACCAGCCCUUUAUAGCAGGUCGAGACAUGGCCAGUACCACUUUACCUGGCUACCCGCCUCAUGUCCCCCCCACAGGACAAGGCAGCUACCCCACCUCCACACUCGCUGGAAUGGUUCCUGGAGGGGACUUUUCUGGAAACCCUUACUCUCAUCCACAAUACACCACUUACAACGAAGCAUGGCGGUUCAGCAAUCCAGCAUUACUAAGUUCCCCUUAUUAUUAUAGUGCCGCAUCCCGUGGCUCCGCACCUCCCACUGCUGCCACUGCCUACGACCGCCACUAGUUACUAUGGAGACCAGUUCAAACUGCAGGGCCAGGGCUUCGGCCUCCAUAUUGUCCCCGUCUAAGAAACACUGAGGUCAAAGGGAAGCGAGGUGGAAUCCUAAAGGAAACCCUGUGAUGUUACGUGAUGUGGAGGAAGGAUCGGCGAGGUCGACGCCAGUGCAUCUAGCCCAGCUUCAGCGUCACAAACUUUGGGUCAAAAGGGCCCGUGGGCGUUCAGAACUCACCCAUCAUGCCCUCAAUCUCUCACAGGCCCGAACAUUUCCAGAAUGACUUUAAGAGAUUAUAUAAAUAUAUAUAUAUAUAUAUAUAUAUUAUAAAAUAUAAAUUGAAGAAAAACAGUGUGAAGAAUACCAUGUGGAAAACAAUGUUGUGGGUUUUUAUUUUUGUUUCUUUGUUGCUGUUGUUGUUGUUAUUUUAUUCAUGGAUCCUCACAUUGCUUUUAUGUGAUGAACUGCAGUAUUGUUCUGCUCUAGAGAGAUAAGGUCCAGGGGAGAUGACAAUGGUCCCAUAGCUUGAUGAUGCAGCGACUUGAACCAGUGUUGCUAGGCAUCUUUGACACUUAAUGAGAUUGUGGCUCCACACUGUAGGGAGGGCUUUGCUCUGGUGCUUUGACUACGUCGUCUGCUCCCAUUUCUCCUGUCCCACGUACAUUAUCAGAUAAACACAGCAUGUCCUACAACGUUUACUGACCCUACAUAAACCAAUGGCAACAUCACACUCCAUGUGGCAAACAAUCAGAUGUAAAAAUGUAAAUCAUUUUGCAAAGUAUUAAAAACAUGGUGACCACAAAAUGGCCUCGCCAGAAUUUUAAAUACUUUAAAUUAUUUUUUUUUGUCACUAUUUUUUUAUGUAAAAAGGUUAUCAAAGAUUCUUUCAGAGUAGUUGUCACAUUUCCCUAAUUUCCCAGUCAUGUCCAUGUCCAUGCAUGAUCAUCCUUUGCUCUUUUUUUGCACUAUAACCUCAGCUUUGUUAAUUUAUUUGGUACAUUCACUUAAAAUUAAUUUGAAUUAACCUACCAAUUUUAGACAUAAGUUGAUACUUUAUGUUGGAAAGUGUAGGCGUUAAAACACAAAGCAGGCAGACAGACAGACAUGUUUUUGUGAAAACAUCCUUUUCUGAGUAAAAGCGAUGCUUUCGAGUUUCUGAGGAGUUUGUAAGCCAUAGCCCUAUGGCUACAUGAACAAAUUCAAUUCUCCUGGGUUAUAAUCCAUUCAGCUACUUAGUCAUACCACUAGAUGCCUACACAGUUUAGAAAGCUGUAUGCAGUUGAGCGAACCAACUGUAAAUUAGCUUCAACAAUUGCCUUACAAACCUGUUUUUUUUAAAUGUAAAUUCAUGCCUGUUCAACAAAAUUAAUUGCCUUUGCAAACACAUAUUCACCUCCCUUCUUGAUUUAUGUUCUACUCUCCAUUGGGACUGAAAAGAAAUACUGAUUCAGUUUGCUUUUUGGAAAAAAUAUUUUGUGAAUGUACUUUUAACUACAUUUGCCAAAGACUUAGUUUGAUAUUUAAUAUUUUAUUUACAGUAUAUGUAUGCAUAAAUAAAUCAGUAUUAUCUUUUAAAUAAGUAGUCAACACUGAACAUGUAUGUCGUAACUCAACAGGCGAACAACAUGAUGCAUAUGACUGUAAUGAAAAAGGUGAAAUUCAAUGACUCAAUACUCCAUCAGUUGCAACAAAAUGCUGCUUUGUACAAUGAUUUGUGAAUAACGUGAAGACAAUUCUUCUCUGUAAAUAUUAUCACACACACCAUUCCAGGAUCAUACUAAUGUACUGGCUCCCUUUGUAGAUAUACAGACUGAAAAAUAAACAUGCAUUACAUUUGUGUGUUAAUGUAAUGUUGUGCUAAAAAGGAAAAGCACAACUACUAUAUAACCUGUGGCUACAUAUACUGUAGUAGCAGGUUUCAGAUGCUAACAUCACAUAGGUUGUCUUUGUCAAUUUAUUUUGUUUUCAUGAUAAUGUUUUAUGUCACUAUGCAAUGAGUUAAAUGGCUUUCUGUAACAUCUUUUGUUGUUGGGCUCAGAUUAAGUAAUCCCCAUGGAGAACAGCAUAAAAGUUAACAAGA